UAGGCUUGUCAGUGGUCUUGUGGACAGCAGAGCCAAAGGUACAGCAGCACAGUGCGUCGAGCGGAGAGAUGGAGGGUGAGCUGGCCGGCUCUGAGCGCCUAUAAACCGGAGAGCAGAGCACCAGAUGAAGAGGGAAUAAAAACCAUGUCUGAUCCUGAAUAAACAUCAUCUUCACGCCAUAAACCGGGAUCCUGUCAGAGAGACACCAGCGUCAUGAAACCAGUCCUGCAUUGAGCCUCUCCUCGGUGGGUUGGCAUGGCCCAGUGAUGAACGGAGCGGUGGUGCCUGGUAGCCCGGAGCUCUCCUCCUCGUGCCCACUGCCAGACUGGCGAGAGUUCUGUGAGCUCCAUGCUCGAGCCUCUGCUGCAGACUUCGCUGACAAGUUCCAGCGCUUCCUGUCGGAGAACCCGUGCUACGACUCACCUGGCGCUGAUGCCAGCUUCUCACAGCACUUUGCCCACCACUUCUUGGAGUGCUUCUCUGCAGCACUGACCCAGGCCAGGGAGAACCAGGCGUCCUCUCCAGGGGAGGACGGCUCCAACGCAGCACCCAAGUACAGCAUUGUUCCUUUCCUGGGAAUCCAGGGCUGCCCGCUGUCCUACGGUCACGACCUUUACCAGAGACGCAAGGACGCCGGGGCUUCAAGUGAAUCCCUGGACAGCAUGGACAGUGGAGGGGGAGGGAUAGAUGGGGGAGGCAGUGGCACCACCGCCUCCCGAGGCCCCCAGCAGACUCACAAGGUGUCCGCUCUGGGGCAGUCCCGCAGCUCUGAGGACGUUUCAGUCAGUCACCCAAAGGCUCGCUUCAAGAAGGGCUUCUCCCUGAGAAACAUGAGCCUGUGUGUGGUGGAUGGGGUGAAGGAGAUGUGGCACAGACGGGCCUCCCCUGAACCCGACGGUCCCUCUGGAGCCAGAAGGCCUAACGGGGGAGGAGGGGGAGGUGGAGGAGGAGGGGAGGCUGCAGGGGGAGAGAAGUGGUCCCAAAAGCUGCGGCUUCCCAGGGGCUCCCAGGGCCACAAGGCUGAGAUGCUGGAGAUCCAGAGGGAGGGAGCGCUGAGAUACAUGGUGGCUGAUGACACAAACUGUAUGGGCGCUGCACAGUGGCAGAAGUGCCGCCUGCUGCUGAGGAAGACAAAGAGGGACGAAGGAGGCGAGAGGUUCCUGCUGGAGUUCUACGUACCACCCAAGUCCUCAAAGCCCAAAGUGAGCAUCCCUUUGUCAGCCAUCGUGGAGGUGAGGACCACCAUGCCGCUGGAAAUGCCUGACAAGGACAACACUUUUGUUCUUAAGGUGGAAAACGGGGGAGAGUACAUCCUGGAAACCAUCGACUCGCUGCAGAAAAACUCUUGGGUUGCUGACAUCCAGGACUGCAUAGACCCGGGUGACAGUGGCGAUGACAUUGAGCUGGCGUCAUGUCCUCACGGUCAGGCCUCUAAAGACUGCUCCAUGGUGGCCUCUUGCAGCUGUGAGCUGCUGUCUGAGGGUGUGUAUCGUGCUCCUGAAAGGUCGUGUCCUACAGCCGCAGAGCAUUACAGCGCCCCCUCAGUCCGUUGCAGGGAACCCCCCUUCACCCAGCACCCAUCCCAUAUGCCUUUAGAGCGCUUUCUCCAGUCCCCUGAGGCCCAGGGCUCCAACUCCUCUGCAGGUGGCAUUGAUGGAGCAAAAGAGUCAGAUGGGGAUGCCAGCCUGGCGGGUUACCCAUGGUUCCAUGGUACACUGUCCCGUGUGCGGGCGGCUCAGUUGGUGCUUGCAGGUGGGGCCAGAAGCCACGGGCUCUUUGUGAUUCGUCAGAGUGAGACGCGACCGGGAGAGUACGUCCUCACCUUCAACUUUCAGGGCAAAGCCAAGCACUUGCGUCUGUCGGUGAAUGAGAAUGGGCAGUGCCACGUCCACCACUUGUGGUUCCACACCGUGUCGGACAUGUUGAGACACUUCCACGCCCACCCCAUCCCACUCGAAUCUGGAGGCUCUGCAGACAUCACAUUACGCUCCUAUGUACAAGUGCAGCGAAGCUCCACUACAGAUGUGACCGUGCCUCCGGUCCUCACCCCACCCAGGGAUGCAGGCUGCCGGACAGACUCAGCCCAGCCAGCUCUCCACCCUCCUGGAAUCCCAGCGCCUGCAGGGCCUCCUCCUGAUGCCCCGCUCUCCUCGAGCACCUCCUCGUCACCCACUGCCCUUCCCUCCCUCUCCCGCAGUGACCCAGGUACUGGAGGAGGAGUGGGUGGAGGGUUACAGAGCCGGAGCAACAGCUCUGAGCGCCUGCUGGAGGCCUCUAGUGGUGGAUCUGAGGACUACCACGAUGCUGAUGGGACUCGCAGGGCCCGGGCAGUGGAGAACCAGUACUCUUUCUACUAAACACCACAGGGCAGGGUUCAGUCAUGUAUCGGAGGUGACAUGGGACACUGUUCUGGUGAUGAGAACUGUCCAAAUCACUGGAUCACCCACUGUUUUGUUUGUUUGUUUUUAUUUCAAGGCAAUUUCCUGUUUCUCUGAUUUGAGAAGGGAGGUGGUGAGCAGUGUGUCCUCGCUGAUAAAUCCCUCAGGCUCUGCGUCCUCGCUUCAAACUCAGCUGUCAAGAAUGUCAGUGAAUAAAGAAACCAAAAGGCCACAUGAGGAAACGGAGAUUGUUAAGCUGGAGCGGAAGAUGAAACAUAGAUGUAGAAACACAACAUGGUGAUAUGAGUUUAGGUAGAGAAAGCAAGAGGAAGUCAUCCAGCGGAGUCAUAUGGCUUUGAUUCAUCGCUUCUGACCACUUCCUGUUCGCCCAUACCCACAUAUCCCUGGAAGCAGAGCCUGUGUCACCACCCCGCUGAAAGAUUGAGAGUUUGAAAUGACCCUGAAGAAACAGUCCCUCCCCUCAGAGCUCCUCAGAGCUCCUCUGAGCUCCCGGGAGCAUCCCAUUAAUGUUUGUAAAGCUGCUUUGAGUCUGUCCCGGAUAUCCUCACUGUCCCUGCAGGGUUUCCCUACAAAGUCCUGCCCUGGGUCUCUGCUAACAUCAGUACAGCAAUCAUGGGUGUGUUAGUGUUAGCUCAGAAAAGAUUUUUGUUAAACGUGUACAGCCUAAAGGGUCUUAGUGCCUGACAAUUACCUUGGACUUGAACGGACUGUUGCUCAUAGCGACACGGAGGAUGGUGUUGACAUCUCGCAUAAUCACAGAAGCCCAAAAAUCUAUUGCAGGGGAUUCCUUUACUGUCAGUUUCUGCUUAAAACACACUGAACAUGCAUAUCUCUGCAAACUGUUUUGUUCUCACAGUGUUAUCGACACACACACACACACACACACGCACACACACACACACACACACUGGUGGUCAUAUGUUGUGUUAAAAGUCAGUUUAAAAUUGCUGAAACGGAAGUGAAUAUGGCAGGGCGGCUCCCAUUUUGCUGUCAUACCAGGUUAUUUCUAUGAGUGUGUGGUGGUGUAUUAGAGUCCAAAUAUUUUUCAAUGAUCGGUGUGCUACAGUAGUGUUUCUAAAACAUGGUUUUCGAGGUCCCUCCGUCUGGUGCUGGUUCUGUAUCCGAGCUUAUCAUAUCAAUAACCUGUAGAUUAGAUAUGCUGUUAAUAUAGGAGUUCACUUUGAAGUAAUGCCUUGAAGAUAUAAUUAUACCAAAUCCAGCAUUUAGGCUAUUGGAGGGACUGGGGACUUGUUUUUUAGAAAGGUGGCAGUAUUGCGUACUGUUUGUGCGGCCUGGUGUGGACUGGAACGAUACAGACAGUGUGGUAAAGGGCACUAGAUGGCCAUGCUUGGAUGGGAAGAUAUGACAUUGCUGCUUUGCUUUAUGUUGACAGGGUAAUGAGCUUUUUAAGUUAAUGAUCCAAAAGAAAAAUACAGCUCACACAACAAAAUACUCCUGUUACUGUAAGAAAUAACUUCAUGAUCCGAGACAUUCUUUAUAACACAAAAUAUCAGUUAAAAAGAAAUACUUAACCCACAAAAAAAAAACCCAUAAACAUUUGUAUAUCAAUUACCCACCCAGUGUUAUGUUGAAUUUGUGAAGAAAACAGUUUUCCUGCCUCUAUGGUGAACGAAGAAUCCAAAAAUGCAUAAAUUACAGAUGAAUUGAAGUAAAUUGGAAGUGUUUAACAACAGCUGAACUAUAUCACAGCAUUCAUUUACAAACUCUCACACAACUUGUGCAGUGUAAUCCAAGUCUCAUUUGUCCUGUUGUAUGCUCAGUACUCUCCAAACGCAUGGAUUUACGAUAUUACUAUUUAAAAAAGGUCUACAUACUAGUAUCGCUUCUGGGCAAGCAUGUCGAUUGAACUCGACUUGUGCAUUCGACUGUGCAGAGUUCAAACGCAUGUGCUUACCCCAAGCUCCCAGGAAGUGCACCAGGCUUUGAAGUCAAUUUUACAUAGUGGCCAAAGAGUGGAAUAACACUGGGUCGGUCAUGUAAUGCUCCGGGGCCCAACAAGACUUCCCCAUAGACUUACAGUGGGAAAGAGAUGUCUGUAAAUCAGUGAUACAUAAUCUGAGCAUCAUAACUUUGUCACAAAAUGACUUGUUUCACUCUUUGGAUUUGAUCCAUUUUGGCUGAUAACAUUUCAAAAGUCUAAAAGAGCCCAAUGAUUAAAUUAUUUAAUCUUCAUUCAAGUUAGCAGAAGCUUAACCAGAAGUGAGCCGCUCAACCAGGAGAAGUUGGUUGCUUAGCUCAGGAAAACCUGUAGUGCACUUGCUCCAUUAGAUGCCGUAGACCCGGGUAAUUUUGCACCUGGAAGGGCAAAGUUUUUUUUGGCUUCAUGCGCCACUGAACUGCUUUGAUAGGAAUAAACAAGGCCCCACCUCCAGCACUGUAUCCAAUUCUCUUUAUACAUCAAUGGCUGUGGCAUGAAUAGCUACUUGUUCAUGCGGGAGACUGUUUAUGCAAAUGUGUUUUAAAUAUUAUGGUUUUAGCAAAAUUCCACGUGUUUGGGAAGUACUGGGCGAACCACUGAUAAAUGAGACUUGGAUUAUACUGCACAAGUUGCGUGAGAGUUUGUAGACGGAUGUUUUGAUACAGUUUUGCUGUCGUUAAACACGCUGUCGUUAAACACGCCCUUCUUUUACUUAAAUUCACCAAAAAAUCUUUGCCUUUUUUUGGAUUCUUUGUUCAUCAUGGAGGAAAACAAGAAAAGCAGUUUUCAUUAUGAAUUCAGCGUAACAAAGGAUGAGUAACUGACAUACAAAUGAUCAUUUUCUGGGUAAAGUAUUCCUUUAAAGUAAAAGUUUGACAUUUUGGAAUGAGAAAUGAGAAAUCAAUAUUAAAUUUCAAAGUUGUCCAAAUGUUGUACGGAUUAAACAAAUCAGAUAUAACAUGCUCAUCAGUGAGCUUUAGGGGUGCUGGUAGGUGGAUUUUGGACAGACUAGCUGAGGCUAGCUGUUUCUUGUCUUUGUGCUAAGCUAAAUUAGCCGAACGCUAGCUGUAGUUUCACAUCUACUGUAUGAAAAUUUGCAUUUCCGAGGAUAUCAAAGGUAUGACCUGUCUUACUCUGCCUCUCAUUGGCUUAUCAUUGCAUUCUUAUCCUAACCCUUACCAGUCCCACUCCUCUUGCCUAAACCUAAUCGAAUAGUGGCUAGUACUAGCCAACCAGUACCAGGGAAGUAGGGCGGGUCCAGCAUUUGCUAUACUAGGAAAUGUGCUUACUGUACAGGUAUCAGAGUGCUUUUAAUCUGCGCGUCCUUCUCAAAAGCAUACUUACCAAAAUGUCACACUUGUUUUGAAGCAUUUAAGGCACAGUGAAAAGCGGGCACCUUUCAGCUACUGUAUUUCAAACAUAUGCAAAACUUUUGUUCAGUUUGAAAAAACAUAUCAAGCGUCACCGUCUGUCUUUCCAAGCACGGCCAUUUAACUUCGAAGGUGAAAUUUCAGUUUCAGUCGAGGAGCGGACGGAGCAGUUCAUGUGCCAAUCUGAAUCCUAUUUUUGAAACAUAUUUAUUCCUCAGCCGUUGUAAAUUACAUUUUUCCUAUCGAGUCUUAUUUAUGUACAGUUGAUUGAUUCUUCUUGAUGAAACAUCCUCAGUGGACCCCGUCUGUUGCAAGAGCCCAUCUCACAUAUCACAGAUUGCUCAUGCCUCCCUUUUAUUUUCUUAACACUUCUUAAAAGCUAAAUUUUUCUGUUGUCUGACUGAGUUUUGAAGAGUCUGUGCAAUUUUGUACAAAGUGAUGUACUUGACAUACUACUUUAUAUUUCUGUGAAUAAAAUGUGAACAAACAA